GCCAUGGGGAGCAAGGGGCAUUAUCGGUAUCACUGGCAGAGCCACAAUGUCAAGCACAGCGGGGUGGAUGACAUGGUCCUUCUCUCCAAGAUCUCAGAAGAUUCCAUUGUGGAGAACCUCAAGAAGAGAUACAUGGAUGAUUACAUAUUUACAUAUAUUGGAUCAGUGCUGAUCUCUGUGAACCCGUUCAAGCAGAUGCCAUAUUUUGGAGAGAAAGAAAUUGAAAUGUAUCAAGGAGCUGCUCAGUAUGAAAAUCCACCACAUAUCUAUGCUCUAGCGGACAAUAUGUACCGAAACAUGAUAAUUGACAGAGAGAACCAAUGUGUCAUCAUCAGUGGUGAAAGUGGUGCUGGGAAGACUGUGGCAGCUAAGUACAUCAUGAGUUACAUCUCCAAAAUAUCAGGAGGAGGUCCAAAAGUGCAGCAUGUGAAGGACAUAAUUCUGCAGUCUAAUCCCCUUUUGGAAGCCUUUGGGAAUGCCAAAACAGUUCGGAACAACAACUCCAGUAGAUUUGGAAAAUAUUUUGAAAUCCAGUUUAGUCCAGGUGGGGAACCAGAUGGAGGCAAAAUAUCCAACUUCCUGCUGGAGAAGUCACGGGUGGUCAUGAGGAAUCCUGGGGAAAGGAGCUUCCACAUUUUCUAUCAGAUGAUUGAAGGUGCCUCCACUGAGCAGAAAUCCAGCCUCGGCAUCACCAGCAUGGACUAUUACCACUACUUAAGCCUCUCAGGAUCCUACAAAGUGGAGGAUAUUAAUGACAAAUCUGAUUUCCAGGAAACUUUGCAUGCCAUGAAUGUGAUUGGGAUCUUUGCUGAGGAGCAGGCUUUGGUGCUGCAGAUCGUGGCUGGAGUCCUUCACCUGGGCAACAUCAGCUUCAAAGAAGUCGGCAACUAUGCAGCUGUGGAGAGCGAGGAGUUCUUGGCGUUUCCGGCUUUCCUCCUGGGAAUUAACCAGGGCCGACUCAAGGAGAAGCUGACCAGCAGGCAGAUGGACAGCAAGUGGGGGGGCAAAUCGGAAUCCAUCAACGUGACCCUCAAUGUAGAGCAAGCCUGCUACACCAGGGAUGCCUUAGCCAAAGCCCUUCACGCCAGAGUGUUUGAUUACUUGGUGGAUUCAAUUAAUAAGGCUAUGGAGAAGGAUCACGAAGAAUAUAACAUUGGUGUCUUGGACAUCUACGGCUUUGAAAUAUUUCAGAAAAACGGGUUCGAACAGUUUUGCAUCAAUUUUGUUAAUGAAAAGCUGCAGCAGAUCUUCAUUGAAUUGACGCUGAAGGCAGAGCAGGAGGAAUAUGUGCAAGAAGGAAUACGCUGGACACCCAUAGAUUACUUCAACAAUAAAAUUGUGUGUGACCUCAUAGAAAAUAAAGUGAAUCCUCCGGGCAUCAUGAGCAUCCUGGAUGAUGUAUGUGCCACGAUGCACGCUGUGGGUGAAGGGGCCGACCAGACCCUGCUGCAAAAGCUCCAGAUGCAGAUUGGGACUCACGAGCACUUCAACAGCUGGAACCAGGGAUUCAUCAUACACCAUUAUGCUGGAAAGGUGUCCUACGACAUGGAUGGCUUCUGUGAGAGGAACCGGGAUGUUCUUUUCAUGGACCUGAUUGAACUCAUGCAAAGCAGUGAACAGCCUUUUAUAAAGGCUCUGUUUCCUGAGAAUCUCCAAGCUGACAAGAAAGGCCGACCCACGACAGCUGGUAGCAAAAUCAAGAAACAAGCCAAUGACCUUGUUGGCACCCUGAUGAAAUGCACGCCCCACUACAUCCGUUGCAUCAAGCCGAAUGAAACAAAAAAGCCUCGAGACUGGGAGGAAAGCAGGGUAAAGCACCAAGUAGAAUAUCUUGGGCUCAAAGAAAACAUCCGAGUGCGGCGAGCGGGUUAUGCCUAUAGGCGAGUGUUCCAGAAAUUCUUACAGAGGUACGCCAUCCUGACCAAAGCAACCUGGCCUUCCUGGAAAGGGGACGAAAAACAGGGGGUUCUCCACCUCCUCCAUUCUGUCAAUGUGGAUCCUGACCAAUAUCAGCUUGGGAGAACAAAAAUCUUCAUCAAGGCACCAGAGUCUCUGUUUUUGCUGGAAGAGAUGCGGGAGCGGAAGUACGAUGGCUAUGCCCGGGCCAUCCAGAAGGCGUGGCGGAAAUACGUGGCCAGGAAGAAAUAUGUACAGAUGAGAGAAGAAGCCUCUGACCUGCUGCUGAACAAGAAGGAGAGAAGGAAAAACAGCAUCAAUAGGAACUUUGUGGGCGACUACAUAGGCAUGGAGGACCGUCCAGAGCUGCGGCAAUUUGUGGGAAAGCGGGAAAAGAUCGAUUUUGCUGACACUGUCACCAAAUACGACAGGAGGUUUAAGGGCAUCAAGCGAGACCUCAUCCUCUCCCCAAAGUGUGUGUAUCUGGUUGGGCGUGAAAAGGUGAAGCAAGGCCCAGAGAAAGGCCUGGUGAAAGAGGUGCUCAAGCGACGGAUCGAGGUGGAAAGGAUUCUCUCAGUUUCGCUAAGCAUGAUGCAGGAUGACCUCUUCGUCAUUCAUGAGCAAGAAUAUGACAGUCUCCUUGAGUCAGUCUUCAAGACGGAGUUUCUCAGCCUUUUGUCAAAGCGCUACGAGGAGAAGACACAACGGAGGCUACCUCUCAAGUUUAGCAAUACGCUUGAAGUGAAGCUAAAAAAGGAGAACUGGGGGCCCUGGAAGGCUGGUGGGUCCCGCCAGGUGCAGUUCAGCCAAGGCCAGGGAGACGUGGCCAUUCUCAAGCCAAGUAAUAAAGUGCUGCAGGUCAGCAUCGGGCCUGGACUCCCAAAGAACUCCCGUCCCACCAGAAGGAAUGUAACCCAAGGCAGGAGCUGUUCCAACAGGACCACACAGGGCCAGCACUACCCCAUGAGGGCCGCACCGCCUCCCCCUGGUCUUCAUCAGAAUGGGGUGAUAAAAAUCCCACAGCACACACCCCACCCUCAAGGCCUCGCGAGCCAGCAAGGCAGCCAGAGAAGCCUGUACACCAGUAUGGCGCAGCCCCCAUUGCCUCGGGUCUUGGGUGGAUCAGAUCGAAUUUCCCAGCAGCCAGACAGCUUGGACUUCCUCAAGGUCCCAGACCAAGGGGCAGCCGGCGUUCGCAGGCAGACUACAAACCGGCCGCCACCUGCAGGGGGCAGACCCAAGCCACAGCCGAAACCAAAGCCUCAGGUACCCCAGUGCAGGGCGCUGUAUGCCUACGAUGCUCAGGACACAGAUGAACUCAGCUUUAAUGCCAAUGAUGUUAUUGAUAUCAUCAAAGAAGAUCCCUCAGGCUGGUGGACAGGCAGGUUAAGAGGGAAAAAAGGACUCUUCCCAAACAAUUAUGUGACCAAAGUAUAAUCCUGCAGCCCCCUCAAGAGGCCCUUGCGACCGUAAAGGUGCUGCCGGUUGUGCUUUUCCAGCUGCUGUGGUCUCCUUGUAAAGCUACAGUUCUGUGCAGCGUUAAUAAUAGACAGCAGUCGCUCCAUCAGUGAAAUUGAAAGGCAAAAGAUGGAAGAGGGGGAAGUCCCCGUGUUUACUCUCCAAAACGCCAAAGCCGAUGUGUCAGCUGCCCACAAUACCAAACCAAGGAAUUAUUUAUUUUAUUGAAUGCUUUUUUCUCAUGAAGGAAGAAGAGUGUGUUUAAAUUCCAUUCUUUUUUAAAAAAUGCCUGAAAAUAGCAAGGUGCUCUGUGAGGACUUUGGAAGAGUUACAUACACACUUUUUACAAGUGCCUUUAGUUGCUCUGGUGACUUUCUUCUAAAUUAUGUAACAAAAUAAUGGCAUUAUUAUGCACAUUUCCUCUGUUGAUGACUUUGCGGAGGAUCACAGUAAUAAGUUAUGCUGCUACCUGCCUUAGAAUAGUAGGAUUCUAUUUCUUCUUGGACUCUUGUCAUUCUCUUCCCCCAAGCAUGUAUUUUAAAAGGCCUCACAGCAAGCUUGACCAGGUUUACUUGGGAGCUACAAUGAUUCUGCAAGGGCACUGCGACCAAAGAAAGGCAGCCUUGUAUGCUGUAAAUGGUUUGCGUUUAUGUUGACUUGUUAAUGUGGCUGGCCCAUGUUGGUUUUUAUUAUUGAUGCAUCUGGUUGGGGGGGGAACCUUCCCAAGGAAGCUUUGUGCAUUUAAUGAAUAGAACUUAUGAAAUAUACAUUUUAAAAAAUCAAAUAACAGGCAAACCUGUAUGAAUGUACACAGCAGUAACCCACUGUACUUAAUGAUAAAGGUAGCUCAGUUAGCAUUUUGGGGCCGGGUACUUCUACCUAUGCACUAUUCUUUAAGGAUAAAGUCAGUGUUACAAAACCUUGAUUAAGCCCAGCUGCCUUUCCCAUCAGCCACAAAAGCUGUUGCUUACCCAAUGCAUGUUAAUUUAUCCAUUUUCUUCUCAACCAUCAUCAAUAAAAACAUAGGAACUAC